AUGGACACCAAUCUACAAGCUCUGGAUAUGAGUCACUUUCCAGCGAUACUGCAACAAAUCCAGCAACAACUUACUUUGGUAACAGAGAAAGUUAACAAGCAUGAGGACCUCCUUACACGUUUGGCUGCUUUGGAACAAGAAAACAAGGAUCUGAAAAAAAUUUUACAAGGCAAGGACCUGGUUAUUCAAAAAUUACAACAAGGUCCAGUUACUAGUCACACCACUUCUCCUGGUUCGGGUCGACCCAAGGGGGGCGAAAGUUCCUCUAUCCCAGUGUCUCCAAAGCCUCUCAAGGAAGCUCCUAAUUUCGCCCAAAUCGCUACUGCUGCUGCUCACAAGCCUGAUCCUAAGAAAAAAGACAAAAAACGUCUUGCUGCUGGUCGUGCCUUUACCACUCCUGCUACCAAAGGUGUCCAGGGCUAUCAAUAUGUAUAUAUUGGUAGAUCCCGAAAGAUCCAACGUUCUGAAGUGCGUAAGCAUCUAGCUAAUGCUAGUGUUGAUCUGGGUCGUGUCUUGGAUAUCUGCUUUCCUGCCUCCCAUAUUAUUGGUGUUCUGUUGCACGUUCAAUACGUUGAGGAAUUUACUGCUUUAUUGACCAAGGCUAAGGGUGAACUGUUUCCUGCUUUUGAUCCAUUGGACCCCAGCAAUAUUGCUGAUCCCAAGUACGCCAGCCUCUCUGAUGAUGAUCGUCAUGCUCUGAUCCACCAAUUUACUGAAGCUCGCUGCCUGCAAACUUUGUCCUUCCUCCGCCCACUUAAUGUUAGUGGUGUCGGUAAGUACUUUAUACAGAAAGGUUGGAUCUGCGAUGAAAGUCUCUCUGUUGCCGUUGCUCAGGCCGUUGAACGCUUUGCUAAGAAGGAGCCCAAAAAGGCUGAUUUCCUGUUCCGUCGCAAGCUGAACUCUGAUUCCCAGGACAAGGCUGGAUCUGAUAGUGAUAUUGUUAAUGUGCCUGUCUCCCCGGUUUUCGUCUCUCUUUCACUCUGGAAUGCCAAUGGUCUUCGCCAAUCAACAGUCCAUGAUGUUCUCUCUCAUGUACUGGAUACUCAGGUUCUGCUGGUUACUGAAACUUGGCUUACAUCUGGCUCUUUUCCAACAAACUGGUCUCAAUUCCAUCUCUAUGGUUCAAAAGUACCUGGUGCUUUCAAUCGUGGUUCUGGUGGUGUCACUGCCUUUGUCUCUCCUUCCUGUCCCUUCACUGUCUCCCAACUACCUUCUUAUAAUCCGCACACUCUGUCUCUAAAGGUUGGCACCCUUACGGUUCAUUGUGUUUACUUUCCUCCACCCUUAUCAUCUGAUAAGGUGCUCUCGGCCCUUAGUUCACUACCUAUGACUAGGGAUACUAUCCUCUGUGGCGAUUUCAAUGCUCGGUUGGGUUCUCUCACUGGUGACGCUAUCUCCAAUGCUCGUGGUAAUGCUCUCAAACCUUGGUUUGAUGAACAUUGCUUGUCUGUGCUCAAUGCGUCUUUGGCUUUUGGCGUUACGACGUAUUCUUCUUUUCGGCAGCAGCAAGAAUUGAGUAGUGUCAUUGAUUUGUUUUUGACAAAUAUUGGUGAUGUUGCGUUGGUGAAUCCUCAACUGGUGGUUGAGUCUGAUCUGUCUCUUGGUUCUGACCAUCGAUUGAUGUCACUUACUUUCGGGUAUGUGCCACCUCUCGAUGACACUGUGGCUCCUGGUGAUUCUGUUCUGGCUCCUCGGCGUCAAUGGAAGCUCUCAAAAUUGACGAAAGAGAAGCCUUUGGGCUUACUCCGUGAAUCCUUUCGAUCUUCUGUUGCUCCUCUGGUUGGUACUCUUUCUGGUUUGGUGUCUGCUCCUCCUGGUGUUCGUCCGGAUAUUGAUGCACUCAACGAUUCUUUGAAUCAAUGUUUGUAUGAAUCUCUGGAUAGUUCUAUUGGUGUAAAAUCUGGUCGUCCUGGCCAUUGGAAGAAGUACUGGACACAAGAAAUUCAGGAUGCUGUUACUGCACGCGAUCGCUCAUAUAGUCAAUGGAGGCAUGCCUUUGGUAUUGCCAAAAUUGAAAAAUGGUUCUUAUACAAAGUUGCUCAUCGCAAGUUUCGUUCCCUGGUACAAGCUGCAAAGCGAAGGUCCUGGCAACAAUUUUGUACUGCCCUGGAGUGUGAUUUCUCAAAAGCUACUGCUGCUAUUAAGCGCAUCAAGCGUAAUAAAGAAUCCUCUCCUACGUACAGCCACCCUGAUGGUCCUGCUGCUUCUGUCUCUGCUAUGGGUUCUCAUCUCGCCUCGGUGUAUGAUGGCUCUCUGCUUGCCACUGCUACUCGUCCUGCUGCUCCUCCCACCUUUGACUCUGUUCUGCUUUUCUGUGUGCCUGUGGACAUGUCACUGUUUGAUGUUGAUACUUUAGUAUCUCAUAUUCGACGGCUCCCAACACAUAAAGCUCCUGGUCCAGAUCAUAUCAAGGCUGAGAUGCUCAAGUCCUUGGUCUCUGAGAUUGCUCCUGUCUUGUCGUUGCUCUUCAAGUUGUGCUAUCAAUGGUCGUAUACUCCUGCUCUCUGGCGCCAAGCCCAAGUCUUUCCCAUUUUCAAGAAAGGUGAUGCUUCUGAUCCCGCCAACUAUAGGCCUAUUUCUCUGACUUCUGUUGUGCGCAAACUGUUUGAGUUCUCUCUCAUGCCUGAGCUGGAUGCCCAUUCUCCUGCCCUUGACAUUGCCCAAGGUGGUUUCCGCCCUCAACGUAGUCCUCUGGAUCAAGCCCUCUGCUUGCAUGACUUGAUGCAUGAUUACUUUGUUGCGCACCGUCGUCGUCCUGUCGUCGCUUUCUUGGAUAUCAAGUCAGCAUAUGACACAGUCGAUCGUCGUGUUAUCUGUGUGGAAUACAUCCACUAUGAUCUGCAUUCCGACAGUUCAUCCAGUUACUAG